UCGACUGAUAACCAGUACUGGCCACUGUCUUCCUGAUCCUGCUUGGACCAUAUAUUCAAGAGCUCAUGCAUAGUUUCGGGACCUUCGCACGGGGCCGCUCGUCCUGCUUUGCCUUCCCUUCCAAGCCAAUGGUCUGGAUGGUAAGCUGUUUGCCCUCGUACUUGCCACAUUUUCACUAGCAGGGCACGAUUGCAUACCUUUCAAGAGAUAAGUGCCAUGUUUUGCGCAGAUGUUCCCGAAGCACCUCUGAUCCGAGACAGCGUCGUUUGUCGUUGGGCUGCUUUCUCUGAUCACCCAAGAUUUAUCCAACAGUACAAUCAAUUCCUUGGAUUUCACCAGGUGGUCCAAUUUUGCGAGCGGUGGGAGCGCCACGGAUACGCGGGGAUCGAGAUUAUCAAAGUCUGCAAGGCCGUAACAGUAUGGUCUUCUGCGAUAAAACUCCUUUGCAACCUUCGGCCAAAAUCGUUCGCAUUGCCGUUUUGUCAGCCAGAGGAUCUCCUCCACGGGCGUACAGUCGCUAUCCAACACCACCAUCUGCUGAUCCUUAUCACUCCAAUUGAUUCGGAUCGUGGACAGCCUCAGAGGGUAGUAGCCAGGGUGUUCUGUCUUUUUACUUGUCGAUUUGUUCGUGCGUUUCGAAAUCCUUUUCAUUUCAGCAUUCAAAGCCUUGUCAUUCUCCUGGCUCCUCUUCCAUUUUGUUACAAACUGGAUGCACUGGAUCGGAGAUUUCAAACUGGCAAGCUUGGCGGAGAAAUAUCAUCCGGGACACCGAUUUCUUCCAGUCGAUCCAUUGUCUGGAAAAAUGCAUCCCUACCUGUGCGUCAAAUGAUUUCUCAUUGAUUUGUUUUUGCUACGCACCAAAGAUGCUCGGACAUAUUGACAUCUAAAGAAUCGAAAAACUGGAUCACUUCACUAGCACGGUGCAACCCCUGUUCCUUCUUCUUGGUUUGAUUUGUCAAUUUCUGCCAUAGACCCUUGAAUUCCUCCGCGGUCGCCUCCUUAAUGGGCAUGCCAACUGAAACUGGGUCGGAUACUCAAUAGACAGCAACAGAUGAGGCGAGCGAGAAAGUCGUGUGGAAGACAACGUAGAUAUUCAAAAACCGGGCAACGUUUUGUAAGGCAUGCAAAUUUGUCGGAA